CGCUACGAGAGAGAGAGCGAGAGAGAGAGAGAGAGAAGUUUCCUGUGCUCCGGCGCACGGUCGCAGAUCGUUCACCUCACACGAUGGCACGUCUGUAUCCGCGUGUAGCUUUCUUGCACUGGGGGCCCUGCUGCUUUCAAGAUAAUUAAAAAAAAACAACAAAAAAAAAACAAAAACAAAAAAAGUGUCACCAUGGCUGAAUUUGGAGAGAACAAGACCACUGUCGGUCCACCGGUUGCUGGUUGGAAAGCUGCGUCGGGAGGAGCCGAAAUGAGCCUGGAGACGCACCGAGGAGAGCCGGUGUCAAACGGCAACUGCAGCGCGUCAGACACCGCGAAGAAGGUCCAAAGCGAAUCCAGCUGCGAGUCCCCGACGUGGGAGAGCGCGGGUUCAAAUUCAGCCACCAAAUCAAUCCCUCGACGCAGCAGUCUGAUCAAGGAUGGGUCACGUGCUGGUCGGGAAAGGAAGAAGACGGUGUCCUUCAGCAGCAGCCUGUCAGAGAAGAAGAUCAGCAGUGCUGCUGACUGUAUCCACUCCAUGGUUGAGGGGAUUGAGCUGAAGAAGGUGCGGCCCAACUCACGUGUAUACCAGCGCUACUACCUUCUAGAUGCAGGCCUCCAGGCUCUGUGCUGGGAGCCAUCCAAGAAGGAGUCAGACAAAGCCAGGAUCUCUCUUGCCUCCAUACGAGAGGUACGGACCGGUCGAAACACAGAAACUUUCCGCACCAGUGGAGUUUAUGAGCAGAUUUCAGAGGACUGUGCAUUCUCCAUCAUCUAUGGAGAGAUGUAUGAGAGCUUGGACCUGGUGGCCAACUCAGCAGAAGUGGCUAUUAUUUGGGUGACAGGCCUAAGGUAUCUGAUGCAGUAUGGGAAACAUGCCCUGGACAUGCUCGCCAGCAGUCAGGACAGCCUUCGUCUUGGGUGGUUGGAGCAGUUAUUCUGCUCCGUCGCUGAUUCGGACAAACAUGAAGAUGUUGAGGAAGGGAUUUGUCUGCAGUCAGCUGUCAAGUUGAUACAGAGUGUGAACCCUGGAGUGAGCAGUGGCAAAGUGGAGCACAGGUUUAAAGAGCUUCAAAGAGUUAGGGAGAGGAUGUGUGGGCUUUCCCAAGAUAAUGGAUCGGGAGUUAACGAUCACAGUGAAAACAAAAGGCAGACAGGAAGAAAUGAGAGAGUCACCAAGCAGGAGUUCAUUGACGUCUUCCAUGACUUUUGCACACGUCCAGAGAUUUACUUUCUGUUGGUGCAGUUCUCUAGCAACAAGGAGUUCUUGGACACCAAAGACCUGAUGAGGUUCCUCGAGGCUGAGCAGGGCAUGGCUCAAGUGAGUGAGGAGACCAGCCUGAAACUCAUACAGUCCCAUGAGCCAUCGGAGGAGGGCCGGCAGCAGGGAUACCUGUCGUUGGACGGCUUCACCAGUUACCUCACUUCAGCAGAGUGCCGCCUCUUUGACAGGGAGCAUGACACCGUGUGCCAGGACAUGUCCCAGCCUUUGUCUCACUACUACAUCAACUCCUCCCACAACACCUACCUCAUUGAGGACCAAUUUCGAGGUCCCUCUGACAUUUCUGGUUACAUCCGCGCCCUAAAGAUGGGCUGUCGAUGUGUGGAGGUGGACGUUUGGGACGGCCCUGAUGAGGAGCCAGUGGUGUGCAUUGGACACACCCUUUCCCCACCGCUUGCCCUGCGUUCUGUAUUGGAAGCAAUUGGAAAGUUUGCAUUUGUGGCAUCAGAGUAUCCGUUAAUUGUGUGUAUUGAGAACCACUGUUCACUUCGACAGCAGAAAGUGAUGAUGCAGCAUCUCGCGAGGAUACUUGGGGAGAAGCUAUACACAGACCCUGCAGACGAAGAGGAGUCGUAUCUUCCGUCGCCACACGCCUUAAGGCAUCGGAUCUUGUUGAAGGGGAAGAAGUCAGGGCCAGGUUCGGAAGGGGAGGACGGGGAGGUAAGUGAGGAGGAUGAAGGGGCUGAGAUGUGUCAACGGAUGAAUGCAGCUAACAGUGGAGGAGGAAGCGAGAAGGACACAGUGCAGAAAAGCGCCUCUUUCACAGCCGUCCCUCAGUGUAAUCCUACUCAUCUCCCUCCGAAACGGUUCCAACUCUUGAAAGAGCUGUCAGACCUGGUAACUCUUUGUCGCUCAAUCCGCUUCAUUGACUUUCCAACAUCAUCCAAAAGCCAAAAAGCUUGGGAAUUGUGUUCCUUUCAUGAGUCCCUGGCUGUGCGUCUCGCUGGUGAGAGCCCCCGCAACUUUGUCAACCAUAACAAGCACUUCCUGUCACGAGUGUACCCCAACCCCAUGCGCGUUGACUCAAGCAACAUGAACCCUCAGGACCUGUGGAAGUGUGGUUGCCAGAUUGUGUCUAUGAAUUUUCAGACAGCAGGACUGAUGAUGGACCUUAACACAGCCUGGUUCCGGCAGAAUGGAAACUGCGGUUAUGUUCUGCGGCCCGCCAUCAUGCGACAGGAGGUUUCUUAUUUCAGUGCCGACACCAGAGACACAGUGCCCGGUGUGGCUCCACAGCUGCUCCAUGUGAAGGUGAUUAGCGGCCAGAACCUGCCCAAGCCGAGGGGUUCUGGGGCCAAAGGGGAUGUGGUGGACCCAUAUGUGUAUGUGGAGAUCCAUGGCAUCCCAGCUGACUGCACAGAGCGCCGUACCAGGACGGUCACCCAGAAUGGGGACAACCCCAUCUUUGAUGAGAGCUUUGAGUUCCAGAUCAACCUGCCGGAGCUCGCCAUGGUUCGCUUUGUGGUACUGGAUGAUGACUUCAUAGGGGAUGAGUUUAUAGGUCAGUAUGCCAUCCCUCUGGAGUGUCUUCAGCCUGGCUACCGACAUGUACCGCUCCAGUCUCUGACCGGGGAAGACCUUCCCCACGCUAAGCUGUUUGUCCAUGUGGCCCUCACCAAUCGGAGAGGAGGGGGAAAGCCUCACAAAAGAGGUCUGUCUGUGCGGAAGGCCCGGAAGGGGCGGGAUUAUACAGCUCUGAGGGACUUGGGGGUCCGGGCUGUGGAUGAAGUUUUCAAGAUGGCUGCCCCUUUGCUGAGAGAAGCCACUGAUCUGAAGGAAAACAUGCAGAACUCAGUAGCAGUGUUCAGGGAGCUGUGUGGGGUGUCAGCGGUGGCUAACCUUAUGCAGUGCGUACUAGCUCUGGGCUCCAGAGUGGCAGGACCAGACGGGACACCUCUACUACUGUUUGACCUGCGGGACCACUACCCCACCCUGGAACCCCAGGGGCCCCUGCCGGACGUCCUUCGCCGUGUUGUCUCCACCUAUGAAAUGAUGGUCCAGGCGAGCAGAGCAGUGAUCGAGCUCUCCGAUGGAAUCUACGACAGGAUCCUGCAUAUACAGACAACGGCCAUGGAGUUUCAUGAGAAGCUACAGAGCCUGGCGGCGAAGGAGGGGCUGAAAGGUCGCAAGGUCAGCCGAGCGCUGGAGAGUUUCAGCUGGAACAUCACCAUCCUUAAGGGCCAGGCUGACUUGCUGAAACAUGCCAAGGCUGAAGUCCAGGAGAACAUGAAGCAGGUCCAUGAUGCUGCUCUGACUGGAAACCUCAGCAAAGAGGGUUUAGGAGUGAGAAGAGUGCGCUCCCAGUCACGACGAGGCCAGGACGACAAACCCACGGCAUAGCAAGCGAAUGAGAGAGGACGUGACCAAAUUGCCAUUGUAGCUGCUGUGACGAACUUUCCUCGUGUUAUUGAAUUUUUCCAACAUCCUAUAGCAAGUCCCCUGUUUCUAAAGAAGAAGUACAGAAGAGUUAAUGAAUGUAAAAGUCUUCAAAAUGCAGCCAAACGCAGAAGUAGCUGCUGAGAGGAGGCGGAAAUUAAAAGAUUCUGGGAAGAUGAAUGUAGGUAGAUGUGAAGCCAAGGUUCAGUUGUUCGUACUGUAUUAAACUGUAAAUACACCAAAUGUCUACUAACCUCUUCUUACAGUAUGUGCAUUGUCUUUGAGGUCGAGGUGUGUCUUGUCAUUUUUCGAGCAUUGUCUGGGAUGACUCAAAGUUUAACCAACAGAUGUUCAAAAUCUUGAUUUCUUUGAUAAACUGCCACGUCCACACGAUAGCUGCUUAACAAAGCUCUAUGAUCUAGCAACAUCAAGUAAGGAUUCAAAUUAAAAUCAGGCUGCAGUGCCGGUGCAUUACAAGAGACACACUCUCUCGAUUAUUUUCAUUGGAAAAGCUAAUGUUUAUGGAUGUUUUAGAUGUUUUUCUUAUCGUCAUGACCCAGUGCAGCCCCCCCUUACUUCAUGUUUGUCUUCAGCUUCUUUCCAUUAAUUAUUUGUAUCCUGGUUUUCUCCUCUUGAUCCAGUAACCUUGAGGUCCUUCAUCAUGCCACAACAUCUCUCAUUAUUAUUGUCUCACGUACAGUAUUCUAUAUUUUUGUAUCUUCCUGAGGCCCUUGUGCUUAACUGAACCACAAUUACCCGCUGUAAUGCUGAACUCCAGAACUGUAAAUGUCUGCCUGUAGGGAACAAAAUGCUGUUAUGUUGACAGUGCAGUUACUUUGUGUGCAAAACACUGUACAGUAUUUUAAUAUGUAAUUCUAUCCUUUUGCUGUUAAAAGAAUAUUUUACAUAAGUUAUUUAUCUUGAGUGGAAACAUUCCAGACACAUGUACCGGCGCAGUAGAUGAGGCUCUACCCGUCCAGCUCUGUAAGAAGAGUUCAUGAUUACCUUCCUUAUAAAUCAGGAUGGAAAUAAACUAGUUUUUAAAUGAGUGA